AUGACUUUAACAUCAGCUCAAUCUUCAAGUCUUUCUCAGGCAUGUAUUAAUAAUGGAAUAUCACCAUUAAUAAGUAAUCAAGAGCUUAAUACAUGUAUACCACUUGCAUCGUUAGCACCAGCUGCUAGUGCUGGUAUUCCCACCGACACCGUAUUAACUCAAGCGGCCGAUAAAUUAUGUGCUGCUGUGAAAUGUUCUGACAAUUUAAUCACAACCGUUCGUAACAACUUUGAACAAGCAUGUGCAACUGACUUGGAUAACCAAGUUCCAGCAGCAUUGGCAGUUGAUUUUAUCUUCAGCUAUUAUCCACCAAUUAGAGAUUCAUUAUGUUUAAAAAAUUCAACUAAUGGAUAUUGUUUUGUCGAAACUUUCGAUAAUGUAAAUGAAUACAUAAAAAAUAAUCCUAGUGUUGCCAAAUCAUUAUCAUUUAAUUCAGCAUUGGAUGUUCUUAGCCAAGCGCCAACAAAUAUUGUUUGUACAACUUGCAAUAAAGCAAUUGCAGGCAAUUUUUUCAAUUAUCAAGAUGCCAAUCCUAAUACGACUAAACGAUUUGCCAUUCCAGUAGCUAGUGUUAAAUCCGUUUUUGUAACCAAGUGUGGUCCAAUUACAACCUCAAGCGCAAAUACAACAACCACUUCACCAUCAGCAAAUCAUUCAAAUAUUAUUAACUUGGAUUCU